AUGGGCAGCUGUUGGUCUUCUCUGGCUCGAACCCUCCUAAUGUGCUUUCGUGUGCUUCAUGAACAGCGAAUUAAUGAAGAUCUCUCUCUCUCUCUUAAUAUUAUUACAAUCUCUAUCGCAUAUUUCAUCGAAACCUCAGUAGAGAGCUCCAAAAACUCUUGGCUCGGGUUAGUCGUCAUGACAUCAAGUUGGUCUCCUCUCGCGUCUCGAUGUCCCAGUUUCUCGGGGUCGAAUGCGGUUGAUGCGCGUCCAGGGGACUACCGAACUGCUACUGGACUCAAAUGUCCGGCUCAUAUUGGCCCUAAUCAUGCCAGGACUUCAGAGCAUGUGUGCACCAGUUCGGAAAUGUGGGUAGCUGAUUUGUUCUGCAUUCUUAUUGGACGUACUGAAUUCGCCUAUUUAGAAGGUCUAUUAGGCAAGACAUUGCCCAAGAAGAGAGCCACUGGCGCAGGGCGAGACCGUCGGACAUGGAGAGAGGCAGAGAUGCCGUCUUCCAAGGGGGACGGACUCAAGACUCUGCUUGCUCGUCGAGAGUCGUUGGAUGCGACUGCCCUACUGAAUGAGCAUGAGAAAGAGAAAGGGUCACUGGUACCACAUGGGGGGUGGAGCAUCGCAACAGACAUUCGGUAA